AAUAUAAUCCGUUUAACUUGCAUAUAAAUAAUUUUUUCCUUUUGAAAAGUUAUUAUUACAAGUUGCAGUAAAAUGUCUAGAAAAAGGUGUGUCCACGUUUGGUUGUUAGUUCAAGUUUUUUCAAAUGUAUUUCAAAUAAGCGAAACGGAAAUUGUAUAUCCUAAGCGCUACAUCAAGGAACACUUGCAAAACGAUUUAGGCACAUUAAAUCAGCAUGGAAAUCAUGAAGAUCAUGUCACGUAUGAAAUCAAAUCAAAAUAUGAUCAUUUUUUUUUGGAUUUAAUAAAGAUUAAAGAACCACAUCAAAAGUUUAUAUGGCUUCGAUCUUCAGAAAAUGAAAAGGAAGUUGCUGUAAAGCAUUAUCCUGAAAACUGCUACUAUGAAGGAAAAGUGCGUGGAAUAAAGGAUUCAAAUGUUUUUCUAAGUACAUGCAGUGGUGGAAUAAUGGGAACAAUUGAUAUUGGUGAAACACGAUAUGACAUAAUACCACAUGAUGAUAGAGUAAAACAUUUUUAUCGCAAUGUUGACAAUCUAGUUAAGAAGAUCAAAAAACAGCUGAGGAAUUCUGCUGUUUAUGAAAAAGCUAAUCAAGAUAAGAAAUAUACGAAGGUGAAAAGAAGUAUUUUAUUAUCAGAUACCUUAAAAGCUGCACCUGAGUUAGUUGAUGUUGAACCCCAAUACUUACCUUACAUUAGAAAUGAAACACUUUAUGUAGAAGCAUUUGUUAGUUGUGAUCACAGAAUGCUACCAAGAUACAACAACAAUCGUGAUUUAUUGAUAGAAAGAGUUUUAAAUGCAUUUGCUCAAAUUGACAAGGCCUAUCAAGCUAUCAAUGUACGGAUAGUAGUUGUUGCAAUUGAUAUUCAAGAAAAUGAACCUGCAUUUACUCGGUUUUCAACUGGUGGAGCUGAAUUAGUAUCUUUUAAAGAUUAUGUUAACAAUAUAAUACUUAAAACAUCACCAUUCAAAGAUGUAAAUUUUGAUAAUGCCAUGUUUUUAAGUGAUAACAGUUGGUCAGAUUCAGUGGGAAUGGCCAAUGUAAAUGCUGAGUGUAGUGAUAAUUCAAGAAACGUGAAUGCUUGGAGCUAUGAUAGCAUAAGUGGUCCAACAACUAUACUUGGUCAUGAACUUGGACACAAUAUGGGAUUUAAUCAUGAUGACUCAUGCGCAGAACCUGCUAAAUGUUUGACAACAAGGGGAUGUUUUAUGGGUGGCGAGAAAUCUAGUAGACCAGGUUUUUCUAACUGCAGUAUGGCAGUUUUUAAAGCAAAUGAAUACCCAUGCCUUUAUAAUUAUCCUGCAGCGCCUUUGACAAAGGUUUGUGGAAAUGGAAUUCAUGAAAAAGAUGAACAAUGUGAUUGUGGAACCUUAGAGAUGUGUAAAAAAAAAGGUGACAAUUGUUGUGAGCCAAAUAACUGUGUUUUAAAAGCCAGUGCACAAUGCAGUUAUGUUAAAAAUCCUGAAUGCUGCCAGCCAUCUUGUUUGUACAAAAGACAAGGUACUUUAUGUAGAAAGGCAACUGGAGAUUGUGACCUACCGGAGUACUGUGAAGGAGACAAAGCUACUUGUCCUGAAGAUAAAACUUUUCGUAAUGGUGCUCCCUGUAAUCGUUCCAUAAAGUUUCUCCUCGGACCUACUGGUAGCUUAUCAAGUUUUGCUUCAAAACUUUCUCCUCCUAUAACAGCUCAAUAUCUAAGGGUUUUACCAAAACAAUGGAUUGUUGGAAAGUAUUCAUGCUUUAAACUUGAUGUGCGUGGCUGUCCUGCAUUGCAAGACAAUAUUUAUCAAUCAACUUCGAUAACUUCUGCUAAUUUGAAUUACCACUCUGCAUUUUGUAUUGCCCCAAGCAUUACUAGCUGUCUUGAUAAUGUACCAGAUGGAACGGUUGUAAUGUACAUAGACAGUAAAUAUCACUCAGGACACUGUGAACAUGACUACAUGAAAUUUGCGUUUAGUAUUGAUGGUACUUUAACCCAUGAAUGCAGUAAAAAAAAAAUUUGUAUAGAUAGCACUGACAAUUUAGUUUUAAGAGAUAAUUGUAAUGGAGAAAUACCCAAGUUCUCUUUUACAAAAGAAAAAUCACUUCAACACAUGCAAAGUAAUAAAUGUGUUCGAUGUGUUGCACCAGGUGGCAGCUGGCCAGAACAUGGGUGCCCUGCUGGAAUAGAAAAAACAUGCAAUUUAAGCAAAGACAGAAAUGUUGUAGUUAUGAAUAUUUUAGAUUGUGAUGUACCAUUAAUGGUUCAAUUACCAGUGUCUGCAUAUUCAGCUAGUAGUGUAUACAGUGAAAAAUAUUUACCUCAAAAUGUUCUAAUUAGCAGUAAUGGUUGGUGCCCAAAAGAAAGCAUUGGAAGUUGGUUUCAAAUUGAUUUUGGAAAGAAUGUUAGAAUAGCAACUGUUGAAAUGCAGAAGACAUCCUAUGAUGGAACAACCGGCUAUAACUUGCAAUAUUCUGAUGAUGGUUUGUCAUGGUUUGACUAUCUUGAAAGUAAUGCAGAUGAGUUAAAGAAAUUGAAGAGUUUUUGUUUCUCUGGUAUAUGCCAACUUACAUUAGCUGAGCAAUGCCAAACAUUGUGGGAGUCAGACACACUUGUUGCUUCUGAUUCUUGCUGGAAUAGCUUGAACACAAUGAAGAAUGGCUAUGGUACAUGUCAGCCUAAUCAAAAUACAUCUUGUGACAUAAGCGAUGUGAAAUGUGGCCAGCUUCAAUGUAAUGCUAAGCAGUUGACACCUGUUAGAAAACCAGGUUAUGGAAAAUAUUACCAGCAGUUUAUAUAUGAUGAGGAAAAAUGCAGUGGGGCUUCCAUAACAGAGAGUACCCAGGGCAUCUUUGGAAUGGUUUUAGAUGGUACUAUGUGUGCAGAAAAUAAGUUUUGUGUCGAUAGAAAAUGCAAGUCUGCUGGUGAACAUGGUUUCAAAUCUUGUUUAAUAAAUGGAAAGGAAUGUUUUGGAAACGGAGUUUGUACAAAUUAUGGCACUUGUAUGUGCAACAAUGGUUAUAAUGAAGCUGACAACUGCUUCACAAAACUUAAUCCUAUUGAUGGUAAUUGGAGUGAGUGGUCAGAAUAUUCAAAGUGUUCCAAGGGUUGCAAUGGAGGUAUCCAAAAAAGAUAUCGUUUUUGUUCUAAUCCUGCACCGCUGAAUGGUGGUAAAGAAUGCAGUGGUGAUGCUAUUACGGAGCAAAUAUGCAAUGAAUUAUCUUGUCCAGUUGCUGAAUCUUGCCUUGAAAUUAAAGAGAUAUUAGAAAAGCAAGGGCAACCAUUAUAUGAUGGUCAGUACACAAUAAAACCAAAUGGAAGUCCUCAGUUGGAAGUUUACUGUGAUAUGACACGAAAUGGUGGAGGUUGGACACUUAUUGUUUCUUCACACUCUAAUUCCUGGGAUGAAAAUAAUGUUUGGGAGAGAAAUGUUGAUAAACCAGAUAUUUAUAGCGACUACUCAAUUUUUAAAUAUGCUAAUCAACUAACAAAGACUGAUUACACAAUCAAAGAAAAUAACUAUAGAUUGGAAGCAAAUGCACUUGGUCGAUGGGGUGGAGUGUUUUCGGCACCUGCUGUAUAUGACCUAUCUUCAACAAAUAAUAAACAAACAAAUGUAAAACUUCUUGAAAAAUUUGAUGACUGGGAAUUUGGUUCUCAAAGUAUUGGUCAGCGGGUUCCUUAUGUAUCUGGUUAUUUCAUAACAACAUCUAAAUCAGUUUUAUCAAGCACCUGGGGUUCACUUACAGAUAAAAGAAUGGGUUUCUAUCCUUCACCAUGGGUAAAAGGAAGUUUAAAGAUGCAGGAUCCAGAGCAUGUCUGGUAUUGGGUUAGAAAGGGUGUCCCCUCAUUACCAGUAUCUUGUCUUGACAUCUAUUUUCGAAGUUUAUCAAGAGCCAAUCAAUUUAAAAGUGGAGUAUAUGAAAUUGAACCUUUUCCAAAAACUAUCAUUAAAACAUAUUGUGAUUUCGAUCGAUACGGAGGAGGUUGGACAUUGUUAUCCAAUGUUGUCACAAAGAAUUGGGAUUUAGAAAAAAUAAAAUUUUUUUCUUCAGAUCAAAUACUUGAAAAAGAUUUUUCAGUAGCUGGAUGGCUUGAAAAUAUGAAAUUAAGAGACAGAAGUGAGAAAUCAUAUCAAAUUAUGUUGGAAGCAAAAAAUCAAGACUCCUAUGGUGGUAUUUUUUCAAUACCUGUUGAAUAUGAUUCAUUUUCAUGCUCUAAAAGUUACAGACCAACUCUUUUGACAAAGUUUGGAACUUGGGAUGAGUCAGUUGAAAACAUAGCUAAAUAUCCACUUUGCAUAUCUCUUAAAAAUGGAUUUGUCAUGUCAGCUAAUUCAUUUAAUGAUGGCGAUAAUUAUGGUAUAAUAGCUGGAAGUGGAAAGUAUAUGACAGCUCUUGAAAAUCCUUCAUUUGUUAGAAUAUGGUUGCGUGAAGGUGGAAGUCGAUAUUCAUGUAAUGACUUGAAAGUAAGAGGUGUAGUUAAUGGUCAAAUAUACAGUGAUGGUUUCUAUAUGUUAGCUGAUAACCAGCCAGUUUAUUGUGACAUGACUUCUACAGAAAAUGAGGCCUGGACAUUGCUUGUUACAUCAGCAUCUGGUGGAUGGACUCCAGAUCAGAUAUAUUCAAGGAAUGCUGGUACUCCUUCACUCAUAGAAAAUUAUUCUAUCCUUAAUAAAGCAAACUCCAUAAAAAAGUUGUCUAACAGUAGAACAAUUAAGUAUAUGCUUGAAGGAGAAAAUAGAGGAAGAUGGGGAGGAAUAUGGGAGGCUUCUAUUGAUUAUUUCUUUAAUUCCACUUCCUGUCAAAAGACAAGAAUUACGACUCAGUUUGAUUUGUGGGAUAACACAUCAUGGUGGAUUGGUCCUUAUUCUUGUCUUCCAUUCUUUUCUAACUCUGAUAAAGGAAAUGGAUUGUUAAUUACAAGUACUGUUGAUUAUGGAGGAGUAAUUAUUUCUAGAAAUCAAAGUGAAUUACCAGCACGAUGGAUUUACAGUCGGAACGAUUAUCCCACAGUGAUAUGGUAUUGGUUAAAUGAGAAUGAUUGUGAUGGAAGCUACAAGCCAAUUAAUGGUGGUGUUUCUUCCUGGAGUUUAUGGACCAGCUGCACUGCAUUUUGUGGAGAUGGCAAACAAAGUCGUCAACGCAUUUGCAAUAAUCCCUUGCCAAGGUGUGGUGGAAAUGAUUGUAGUAGUGUUGAAUUAUACCAAGAGCAACCUUGUGUUGGAAAUUGUUUCACAACUCAAAUAAGAACCCCUGGAGAUCAAUUUUGUAUUGAACCUGAAACUGGAGUUUGUUCAAUUGCUGACAGUACUGUUCUUGUUCUUCGUCCUACUUCUUUAUACUGUAAAAGUGAUGCAUCAAGAUUUGUAUUUAAUCCAAAAACAGGAAGCCUGUUGCAUAAAUGCAGUAAUAAAUUUGUUUGUUCCAAAUCAGGAAUAAUUUCUGGUUCCAACCUGAUAGUCAGUUCAGCAUGUGUUGAAUCUUCUAUAGCAAGCCAAUUCCAGAGAACAAUUUGGAAAACUUUACAAAUUGACACAUUUUGUUUUAAUCCUGUUGGAAGCUACUUGAAAAAUGGUGUAAAUAUAGGUCUUUUUGGUGGAUGCACUGACACUAAGAAAAUGUUUUUGAUGCCUGAAAUAGCUGUGGGUACUGUUUCUGUUUCAUUGUUUGACAAUGUUGCAAGCAUGACAGCUUUAAAAACUGAUAUUCGUUAUCAGACAAACAAUCCUACAACUGCAGGCUAUGUUGAUAACUUUGAAUUUUCACCUUAUUCCAUUAGUAAUACUGGAGUUCGCAUGCAGACUUACUUUAGAGCUCCGGAGUCAGGAAUCUACUUUUUUAUGGUCUCAUGUGAUGAUAAUUGUGAGUUACUACUUAUAAAAGAUGCAUUUAGCUUAAACUCUGCUGAAAAGAUAGCUAGCUGUUCUAGUCGAACUAAUAGAUAUCAAUGGAAUAAGUAUAACGAACAAAAAUCUAUUCCAAUCAGUUUAAACGUUGGCCAGCCGUAUAGUUUUGAAUUUUACUUGAUUAACAAUGGAGGCGUUGGACAUGGUGCAGUUGCCGUUUUAUUACCCAGUGGUACUCUUGUAGCACCAAUAAGUUACAAUUACCUUUCCGCAAGAUAUGAUUAAUGUUUUCCGCAGUAUAUCAAUAAUGGAC